AUGUCUAGUCGUUCCUGUCCCUGCAAGUGUUUGGCUGCGGAUACACUUGCUUAUCUUUUAUUUCACGCCUCUCUAAUCGAAUUUCCAGUUACUUUGGCAAGCCACCUAGCUGCAACUACUUGUGGCAGUGAGGCUAGAAAGAAAAGGGACAUGAAACUGGUUGUGGAGGUUAUUAAUGCUCAUGAUCUUAUGCCAAAAGAUGGUGAAGGAUCAGCCAGUGCCUUUGUGGAAGUAGACUUUGAAAACCAGCUUAGCCGAACUAGAACUGUCCCAAAGAACCUCAACCCCACCUGGAACCAAAAACUAGUCUUCCAUUUGGAUGCAACCAAACCUUACCAUCGCCAAACUAUUGAAGUAUCCGUCUACAACGAGAGGAGACUUACUCCAGGAAGAAACUUCCUUGGAAGGGUGAGAAUUCCUUGCUCCAACAUUGUCAAGGAAGGUGAAGAGGUGUAUCAGAUUUUCCCACUUGAAAAGAAAUGGUUUCUCUCACCUGUUAAGGGUGAAAUUGGCCUCAAAAUAUACAUUGCAUCAGAGUCCAAUUCCAAACCAAAACCUCUUUCUCCUGUUUUCCCUUCAGAACAAAAAAAACUCCCACCUUCUACUCCACUCAAAGCACCAGAAUCAACAACGAGUACUACCCUUCCUCUUCCUCAUACUAUUCCCUCGUACAGAACAGCAUUAGAAGCUGGUUCCAUUGAAGACCUUCCUGCAAUUGACACCCCAAAAUCAAUUACAGAAGAAGCAGAAGUAUAUUCUGGUGCAGAAGUUCGGUCUAGUGGCGUUGAUAUCGAUCAGGAGCCAAAGAAAGAAAGCAGAGAAACUGUGCUAGAGACAACCCAACAACUAGACAAGCACCAAGUUCUCCAGCCUCAGAUGAUUUCAGUAAAGAGAAGACCACCAGGUACUCCAUCCGCCAUGCACUCAGUUGAUCCUCAAGUCCAAUCUAGUCAUCAUGAAAACUAUAAUCACAAUGACACCAAUCCACAGCCUAGGAUUUCAAUAAAGAGGCGACCACAAGCACAAGGUACUCCUUUCACAAUGCACUCAGUUGAUCCACAAGUUCAACCAAAUCAUGGUGAAGGCUACAAUCGCAAUGACACAAACCAGCAGCCAAGAAUUUCAAUUAAGAGACGACCACGAGGACCCGGUACUCCAUCACCAAUGCACUCCUUUAAUCCACAAGUCCGUGCUAGCUAUGAUGAAGCCUACAACCUCAUGGGAACCAAUCCACAACAGCCAAGAAUUUUAGUAGAGAGACAACAACAGAAUACUCCACUCACCACGCACCAAGUUAGUCCCCAAGUCCCUACUAGCAAUGAUGAAAACUACAAUCUCAAUGACACCAAUGCACAUCUUGGCGAACGUUGGCCUAGUGGUGGAGCUUACGGUAGAAGAGGGUGGAUGAGUGGCAGCGACCGAUUCACUAGCACUUAUGACCUUGUUGAGCAGAUGUAUUAUCUGUAUGUUCGUGUUGUGAAGGCGAAAGAUCUCCCCCCAAGCACCAUCACCUCAAGUUGCGAUCCUUAUGUGGAAGUGAAGCUGGGGAACUACAAGGGAAGAACAAAGCACUUUGAUAGGAAAUUGCACCCAGAGUGGAAUCAAGUGUUUGCUUUUUCCAAAGACCGCAUUCAGUCUUCUGUUUUAGAAGUCUUUGUGAAAGAUAAAGCAAUGGUAGGGAGAGAUGACUAUCUUGGAAGGGUGGUUUUUGACCUCAAUGAGGUUCCAACAAGAGUUCCACCAGAUAGUCCGCUAGCUCCUCAGUGGUACCGGCUUGAAGACUGGCGUGAAGAAGGCAAGGUGAGGGGUGACAUUAUGCUUGCAGUUUGGAUGGGAACACAAGCUGAUGAGGCUUUCUCAGAUGCUUGGCAUUCUGAUGCUGCCAUUGUCUAUGGAGAGGGUGUUUUCAACAUCAGAUCAAAGGUAUACAUGUCACCAAAACUGUGGUAUCUCAGGGUGAAUGUCAUUGAAGCGCAAGAUGUAAUACCGGGUGACAGAAACCGCCUACCGGAGGUUUUUGUGAAAGCUCAAGUGGGCUGCCAAGUGCUGACAACCAAGAUAUGCCCCACCAGAACAACCACCCCAUUUUGGAAUGAAGAUUUGGUUUUUGUAGCCUGUGAGCCAUUUGAGGAGCAACUGACAAUCACUGUGGAGGAUCGUGUGCACCCUUCAAAAGAUGAGGUACUUGGGAAGAUAAGCCUACCAAUGUCCCUCUUUGAGAAGCGGUUAGACCACAGGCCAGUUCAUUCGCGCUGGUUCAAUCUAGAGAAAUUUGGCUUUGGAAUACUAGAAGGUGAUAGAAGAAAUGAACUCAAGUUUUCGAGCAGGAUUCACAUGAGAGUAUGCCUUGAAGGUGGAUACCAUGUCCUUGAUGAGUCCACAUUGUACAGUAGUGAUCAAAGACCAACAGCGAGACAGCUAUGGAAGCAACCUAUUGGGAUACUUGAAGUAGGUAUCUUAGGAGCACAAGGGCUUCUCCCUAUGAAGAUGAGGGAUGGCAGAGGCAGCACAGAUGCAUACUGUGUUGCCAAGUAUGGUCAGAAAUGGGUCAGAACCAGAACACUGCUUGACACGUUUAGUCCUAAAUGGAAUGAGCAAUACACAUGGGAGGUUUAUGAUCCUUGCACUGUGAUAACAUUGGGUGUUUUUGACAACUGCCAUCUAGGUGGAGGAGAAAAAGCUCCUGGUAGCAAUGUGGCCAGAGAUUCUCGGAUUGGAAAGGUAAGAAUAAGGCUAUCAACACUUGAAGCUAAUAGAAUUUACACCAGUUCUCACCCUCUUCUUGUUCUGCACCCACAUGGAGUUAAGAAGAUGGGAGAGCUUCAGUUAUCAGUGAGGUUCACAGCACUCUCCCUAGUUAACAUGGUUCAUAUCUAUGGCCAACCUUUGCUUCCGAAGAUUCAUUACAUACAUCCUUUCACAGUUAACCAAAUAGACAACUUAAGGUACCAAGCAAUGAACAUUGUGGCUGCGAGGCUAGGCCGAGCCGAACCGCCUCUGAGGAAGGAAGUGGUGGAGUACAUGUUGGAUGUUGAUUCCCAUAUGUGGAGCAUGAGAAGAAGCAAGGCUAACUUCUUCCGCAUUAUGUCACUUUUCUCGGGUAUGCUCACAAUGGGAAAGUGGUUCAGUGAUGUUUGCCUUUGGAAGAACCAUGUUACAUCAAUCCUAGUUCACAUUCUCUUCCUUAUACUGAUAUGGUACCCGGAAUUGAUCCUACCAACAGUGUUUCUGUACAUGUUCUUGAUUGGUCUCUGGAACUACAGGUUCCGGCCAAGACACCCUCCUCACAUGGAUACUAAACUCUCCUGGGCUGAAGCUGUUCAUCCGGACGAACUCGAUGAAGAGUUCGACACAUUUCCAACUUCUAGAUCACAAGAUGUUGUGAGAAUGAGGUAUGACAGGCUUAGAACUGUGGCAGGUAGGAUUCAGACAGUUGUUGGGGACAUAGCUACACAAGGGGAGCGGUUUCAGUCUCUACUGAGUUGGAGAGACCCUAGAGCAACCAGCCUCUUUGUAGUGUUUAGCUUUUGUGCUGCUGUGACUCUCUAUGCAACACCAUUCAGAGUGGUGGCUCUGGUUACAGGUUUGUACUUUCUGAGACAUCCAAGGUUUAGGAGCAAGCUGCCUUCAGUACCAAGUAAUUUCUUCAAGAGGCUCCCAGCUAGAACAGAUAGUUUACUGUGA